AGCCCAUUGAACCCUUGCCAUCUCAAUGCUGUGGCAGUGGCUGCAAACCAUGCAUUUUUGACAUAUAUCAGAAAGAAUUGGAGCAAUGGGAAGAGGCCAAAGCCAAAAAAGACAGAAGCCUCCUGACAAGGAAGAAGCAGCAAGUAGAAACAUUUAAAAUGUUUGGAUAAUAAUAUUUCAGCGAGAUCCUCUCAGUUUUAAAAAAAGAAGCUUGGAAGUAAAUCCUAUUGAGCUAAAUGAAACCUUCCAAAUACGCUUGUUUAUAACUGCCAACUCUUAAUGCAUUUGUUGAUAUAACACCUUUUGCUAGCUGUUGUGCAAAAGAAUGUGAAACACGUUAUUUCUGUAGUAAGAAUGCACAGGAUAAUAUAUAAGAUAAAGUUGUGUGCCUUUAGUUCAGUGUAUGUGACUGAAGGCAACAGCAAUUUUCGGCAUCUGUGAAGAGCUAUUUUGGUGUUGCUUCCCAAAUACUCCUUUGUCAUGUUACAUCUUUAUUUAAGUACCAAUUCAGAACUAACUCCAGAAACAUUUAUGCCUUUUAUCAUAUGCUCUGUGGAUCAGCUGUCAGAGGACACCUACCAGUAUACUUUUGAAUUGCCUGAAAAUAGUAGGCUGGGGCUGAGUUUAGGACAACAUGUUGUGCUAAGAGGACUAGUAAAUGGCUUGGAGGUUCAGAGAGCCUAUACUCCAAUUUCUCCUGUGAAUGCUGAAGGCUACUUUGAAGUUUUAAUAAAGUGCUAUGGGGCUGGACUAAUGUCACAAUAUAUAAAAUCUUGGAAAGAAGGGGAUGUGGUUUUUUGGAGGGGACCAUUUGGAGGAUUUCCUUAUGUAGCCAAUAAGUAUGGAGAACUUUUUCUACUUGCUUCUGGUACUGGACUGGCACCAAUGCUUCCUAUCCUUAAGUACAUCACAGACAAUGAGGAUGACGAAACAUUUGUAACCCUAGUGGGCUGUUUCAGGACAUUUGAAAACAUUUACUUGAAGUCUCGCCUACAAGAACAGUCUCAGUUUUGGAACAUAAGGACAUUUUAUGUAUUAAGCCAGGAACAUUCACUUGAAAAUCUGCCAUGGAGCUUUCGAGAGAAGACACACAUUGGUCGAAUAAAUGAAGACUUGAUUAAGAGUAUGAUGAAAACAUGUAGAAGACAACCUUUUGUACUGAUAUGUGGCUCAGUGACAUUUAGUGAAGAUAUGGAAAAAUAUUUGAAAGCUAUUGGUCUUGGAGAAGAAUCAUAUUUUAUAUUUUAAAGAAUUUGAAGUAAAUGAUACAUCUUUGCUACAAAUAA